UAAAGAACUCCAUGAUUAGGGACAUUUAGGAAGAUUCCUACUUUGGGGCAAUAUCCUCUCCAUUAACUAUAGGAAUUGAAGAGGGAGACACCAUCACCUAUAGGAAUUGAAGAGGGAGGCACAACAGAAAAAAGGGGUGGCCCAGGCCAAGACCUUCCCAGGUAGUAACAUGGAAACUAUUGAAGAGAGAAUCCAAAAUAGAUACUUCAGAAUAUUUAGCUCCAUGAGGAAUAAUAAAGGACAUAAUAUAGCAAUGAGAAUUCACAAAACACCUGAUAAAUGAUACCACAGUUUAGCCUCAUAGCAUUCCUGGAAGGUAGGUGCCCUUAUCAUUCCCAUUUUACAGAUGAGGAAACUGAGGCACGAAGGAUGGGCAUUGCAAAGGCUGGAGAUGAUGGACUAUUAAGAAUGAGGAACUAAGAAAACUGGGCAGUUGGGAUGAAUUACAAAAUGCAGGAAGGGGAAGAGUGUCCUUUGGGAGUAUAAAAGAAAGUAGGUGUGACUCCAGAAUUGUCCAUGGCCAUCGGUCCCCAUUGCUGUUCUCAAGAAGACUUCCCUCUUCUCCCCUCCACCCCACCCCACACUGCUGCUUCUUUCUCUGUAUUCACUUUACCUUGUCAGCCCUUCUUUGAGGCUACUCACUGGGCAGUUGAGCAAACAAUGGCCCAUUUUCACCAGUAGAGGCCUUCCAAAGAGCUGAUGCUAAUCCUGUUGGAUGCUUCUCAUACCUCCAGGUAUGAGUCUCAUCUGGUCCUGCUCUUUUCUGAACUGAAUACAGCUUCAAUUUCUGCUGCAUGGCAAGUUCUUGCCUGUCCCUGGUUAUAGAGAGCAGCGGUAUUCAUUCCCUUUUUUGGGACACAGCAGUCACAGAAAGCUAAUGUUUGGAACUGAAAAGAAAGAAUAGCUUCAGGCAAAAAGCUGGAUUCCAUUAAAAAAAAAAAAAGCAACUUUUAGGGCCAUUAGGAACAGGAACUAAAGAUAAAACAUGUUAUUUCCCUACUGAGGCUUCUCCUGGGGUCUCCCUCUGUGAUCCUUCUUGUAUGGGGCUUCGCUUCCCUCCUUUCCAUUCAUGGGGGGCUCAUUUUCAUUUUGAUCUGGGUGGAUGGCAGAAAAUGAGCACCAAGGGAAAGGCACCUCAUGGCUCUACAAAACCCAUUUGCCCCUGAGAGUUGCGUCAGAAGCUGGAGACACAGCUCGCUCCCAUCUGCCUCCUGACAACUCGUGGGGCCAUGUGGGAUGGGUACCUGGCUCUGGGUGUUUGCUGACAGACCUGCUAAUUAAACACCAAAAGGCAGAGUUGCCUUUGCCAAUAGCUAAUGGCUGUGCCAACGUUAUCAGCUGGGGUUUGUGUUUUCCCUACAACUGGCUGCCAGGAGCAUCCUAAUUAAAAAUAAACAGUCUCAUCAGUGUGGUCAUUUGGGUGGUUUUCCCCCCACUCCUUUCCCCUCUCUGUAGGUUACCUAGGACUUUAGCUAUCCUUAGGAGAGGGGCCAGACAGGGUGACCUGAUCACCCUUAAGCCUGCAUCAUCUUCCCAGCCAGUCCCCAUUGGGGAGUGAGGCUGAAUGAUGGGUGUGUGUGAUUUACCUUGUUCUCUCAGACCUCUCUGAUUCCAAGAGGAUCAGGCUCGAGUGGCAGGCGGAAAGGAGCAGAGUGCUUGAUGGAAAGGUCCAGGGCUGCGAAGGGAAGCUGCCUAUGGCUUGUGGUUGAAUGAUUUUGUCCUCAGGGUCUCUGAAUUCAAGGGACAGCCAAAGAGCAAAGCCUCUCCUUGGAAAGGUUAGAAUUUCAUUGGAGAGUGGCCGGUCACAUGAGAGCUUUUGGCACACUCUCCAUGGCAGGCUGGACACAAGCAUGUCAGGAUUGAGAGGGUUGAUCGUUACAGGCUUUGGCUGGGGUGGAGAGGGCUGGGGGGGUAUGGGAGGGGGAGGGAACAGUCCCACCCUGAGCUGGAGAAGGAGAGAGCUCAUAUAGCCCAAGGAGGCAGCGGCAACAGCAGCGGCAGCAGCCCGAGCAGCCAGGGGGCUAUGUCUGCCGGGAGGGAGCUCCCAGAAAACUUCUGAAGCCUCUUGUCUUUGAUCCCUAAAGAAAGUGUGUGGUCUCUGGGCCAGAAAAGUGGAAGAUGCCUAAGGAAUGCAAUGCUUUCCAUACGCUCUCAGCAGCUUUCUGCUGCUUUUAUCACCGGAAGUCUGUCAUCGGAGUGAAGUUCUCCAAGGAAAGACAUAUCAUGGACAGGAACCCCGAGAGGCUGCUAAAGAAAGAAUUGGAAGAGGAGCUACAACUCAGCGGAGAAGACUUACGCAGCCAUGCCUGGUAUCAUGGACGCAUUCCCCGACAGGUAUCCGAGAGUCUUGUGCAGCGCGAUGGAGACUUCUUGGUGAGGGACUCUCUCUCGAGCCCUGGGAACUUCGUCUUGACCUGCCAGUGGAAGAAUACAGCCCAGCACUUCAAGAUCAGUAAAACCAUCCUCCGUCUCAAUGAAGCCUACUGCCGCAUCCAGUACCAGUUUGACCAGGAAAGUUUUGACACCAUCCCAGGCUUAGUCAGGUGCUACGUGGGGAAUCGGAGGCCAAUCUCUCAGCAGAGUGGGGCUAUUAUUUUUCAGCCCAUCAACAGGACUGUGCCACUGAGAUGUCUGGAGGAGAGGUAUGGUUCUUCUCCUGCCCGGUCCAGAGAUUGUAGCCUCUCGGAGGGAAAAAUAGAAACCACUAAAAGACUGAGCCUUAAUAUGUGCAAUGUGCCAUCUCGAGAACAGAGUUUGGCCAGAGGAAAUCUUCUAAGAAAUAAAGAAAAAAGUGGGAGCCAACCUGCAUGCCUGGAUCACAUGCAGGAGAAAAGGUCCUUGUCCCUCAAGGCCCACCAGUCAGAAAGUUACCUGCCAAUUGGUUCUAAGCUGCCACCCCAGUCCCCUGGAGUAGACACAAACCCUUCUCCAAAUUCCCCAGUGUUCAGGACAGGCAGCGAGCCAACACUCAGCCCCACGGUGGUGCGGAGGGUUUCCUUGGAAUCCCAAGUCCCAGGGGAAGCCUUAAGAGGAUCGGACAGUCAGCUGUACCCCAAACCUCCACCGAAGCCCAGCAAAGUGCCUUUCCUGAAGCCACCCCCAUCUCCUUCCACUUGGCACAACUUUGAAGCAAACUAUUGUGAACUCAAUCCUGCUUUUCCCCCUGGCUACUGUGGGACAAAGCAGGCUCUGUGUCCCCAGAGUGGCUGUGGGGAGCCUCUGACAGCCAAGGAGAACAGAGCCCUCUCACACCGAAACUCUGGCACCAACUAUUUGAUCCUGGAUGACGAUGCCCCAAGGUCUUCUCGGGCUCUGUUGGCUGCCCAGAUGGAAAAGGGACAGGAGGAUGGUGGGGUGUUUGUGACACCCUGUCUGGAGACAGUCUCUUCAUUCAGGCCCAAUGAUUUUGAAUCCAAACUCCUUCCUCCUGAAAACAAGCCUCUUGAAACAUCAAUGCUGAAACGUGCCAAGGAGCUGUUCACCAACAAUGAUCCCAAGGUUAUCGCCAAGCACAUGCUGAAGAUGGACUGCAAGGUUGCUAGGAUAUUGGAAGUCUCUGAAGAGAUGAAGAGGAUCAUGGGAGUAAACUCAGGUCUGGAACUCAUUACUUUGCCUUACGGACACCAACUGCGCCUGGACAUCAUUGAAAGACACAAUACCAUGGCCAUCGGCAUAGCAGUGGAUGUCCUCGGCUGCACUGGGAGUUUGGAGGAGAGAGCGGCAACGUUGCACAAGAUCAUUCGGGUGGCCGUGGAAUUGAAGGACUCCAUGGGGGAUCUGUACGCCUUCUCUGCCAUCAUGAAAGCCUUGGAAAUGCCACAAAUUACGAGGUUAGACCAGACGUGGACCGCUUUACGACACCACUAUACCCAGACUGCAAUCCUUUAUGAAAAGCAACUGAAACCUUUCAGCAAAUCUUUACAUGAAGGCAAAGAAACUAUGUGUGUCCCCCCAAACAAGGUAACGGUGCCACUGCUCAUGCCUCUGGUGACUUUGAUGGAGCGGCAAGUGGUCACUUUUGAAGGGACAGACAUGUGGGAAAAAAAUGAUCAAAGCUGUGAAAUCAUGCUGAGCCAUCUAGAAACGGCCCGAUUCGUAGCCCAGGCUGCAGACACGUACCGAGCAAACGCGGAGAGGAUCCUAGAAGGUUUUCAGGCAGAUGAAGAGAUGAAUGAAAUCUUCAAGACUGAAUUUCAGAUGAGGUUGCUAUGGGGAAGCAAAGGAGCACAAGUCAAUCAAAGUGAAAGAUAUGAGAAAUUCAACCAGAUUUUAACUGCACUCUCAAGAAAAUUGGAACCACCUCCUAUGAAGCAUGCAGAGCUUUGAAAAAUCUUCAAAGAACUAUAUUAUUUAAAGCUCAUCCAAUUUCUUUGGGAAAGUUUAUCAUUUGAUAAAAUAAUUAAGUAAAAAUGUGACAAUAUAGAAACUUUUAGCAUCCACAGGAUAUUUGAAAAUGUAAAUUGCACAGUGCACAUUUAUUUAUAAAUUGUUAAAAAUUACUACUGAUUUUUAAAGGAAUCAUAAUUUAUUAAUGUAACUGUUGCUAAUGAUUAUUAUUGUUAGUCAACUUUAAGAAAAUAGCUUGUGGGACAGAGCUGACUGAUCUCAUUUGAUCACUUAACUCUUGAAAUAACUGCAUUUGACCGCUUUGAAUAAUUUUUAUUCCCACAGGAUCAUGUAGCAAAAGUGUAAAUAGAAGGGUAGGUUAAGAACAGCAUGAAACAUUUCAGAAAGGUAUCAGUUGUAUGAUAUUCUUUAAAUGAAUAUGAAAACUGUGUAAAUAGUCAUGAAUAAAAAUAUAUCUUUAUGUGAACAUCCACAGUGUCUUAAUAUUAAAAUUAUCCUUUUUUGGUGCUAAUAAAAUACAUUUUAUUUCAUUUUCUUAAA